UUUCGUCAUUUAUUUGUGUAUUAUCCUAUUCAGUACAAGAAACUAAUUAUUUUGUACCUUAUUUAUUUUAAACAAACAUGGAUGAUCCAGAAUUGGAAAAGUUAAGGCAACAACGUCUAGCACAACUCCAAGCUCAACAUGGUGGGACGGGCGACCCGAAUCAGGCAAAAGCCCAAGAAGAGAGAAUGCAAGCAAUGGAAGAAACCAAGAAUUCAAUUCUCUCUCAAGUACUGGACCAAAAUGCCCGAGCUAGAUUGAACACAAUUAAGAUUAGCCGGCCGGAGAAGGCAGCGAUGGUGGAAAAUAUGAUCUGUAGGAUGGCUCAAAUGGGUCAAGUUCAAUCUAAAAUAUCUGAACAAGAACUUAUUCAGAUUUUAGAGUCACUUAAUCAACAAAUGCCGAAAUCAACAAGCACUGUGAAAUUUGAUAGAAGAAGAGCAGCUCUUGAUUCAGAUGAUGAUGAUUUCUAGGAGACUGACAUUUAGCUUUAUUUAUUUCAUUAUAAAAUUAACUUUACUCACACAUUGAAAAAUAAAUUUUAUUAAGAACACUGUCUA